AUGUCAUUGCCCUUCAACGCCACAGCUGGAAACCCCUCCACCUUCAUCCUGUGGGGCAUCCCGGGCCUGGAGGACCUGCACAUCUGGCUGGCUAUUCCCUUCUGCUGCAUGUACCUGGUGGCUGUGAUGGGGAACUGCAUUAUCCUCUUAGUCAUCAAGAUGGAGCGGAGCCUGCAUGAGCCCAUGUACCUCUUCCUGUGCAUGCUUUCGGUCACCGACCUGGUCCUGUCCUCCUCCACCCUGCCCAAGAUGCUCAGCAUCUUCUGGUUUGAUGCCCGGGAGAUUGAUUUUGGUGCCUGCCUGACCCAGAUGUUCUUCAUUCACUCCUUCACAGCCAUGGAAUCUGGGUUCUUCGUGGCCAUGGCCUAUGACCGCUAUGUGGCCAUCUGCAACCCGCUGCGACACGCCACCAUCCUCACCCAUUCCCGUAUAGCCAAGAUCGGGUGCACAGUGGUGGUGAGGGGCAUGGUGUUCUUCUCUCCCCACCCCUUCCUGGUGAGCAGACUCCCCUUCUGCAGGACCAACAUCAUCUCUCACAGCUAUUGCGAGUUCAUGGCAUUGGUCAAGCUGGCCUGUGUGGAUGUGGCUGUCACCAAGGAGUACAGCCUCACUGUGGCCUCACUCAUCGGCUCCUUUGACAUAUUCUUCACCUCCCUUUCUUAUGCCCUGAUCCUCCAGACGGUCACUCGCCUGCCCUCCAAGGAGGCUAGUCUCAAGGCCUUCAGCACCUGUGGGUCCCACAUCUGCGUCAUCCUAGUCUUCUACAGCACGGCUGUCUUCACGUUUCUCACCCACCGCUUCGGCCACAAUGUGGCCCCCCACAUCCACAUUCUCAUUGCCAACGUGUACCUGCUGGUGCCCCCCAUGCUGAACCCUGUGAUCUAUGGGGUACGGACCAAGAGGAUCAGGGAGCGUGUGCUGCAGGUUUUGCACUGUGGCAUCAAGUGA